AUGGUUAACGAAAGCUGGAUAUCUUUUCAGGUAGCGCAGUGUGCGGUCACUUAUGUGUUGAUUGAUGCACGAAACGUUGAAACCAACCAGUCGGUGACGGUUUGUGCGAACAAACAGCUUCGACACGUGCCAUACGGACCCCAGCAAACAUAUCAGCGCUUAGCGUACUGGAACCCGAGGAACACGUCGUCGGUGCGAAACGCGACCGUCUAUACCGGCAGUUUCGCAAACGACUACUCGAAAGGAUAGAUGGUGCAGAACUACAAGCCGGCCGGCGUUCUGAUCGGCUUCAACUGUCUGUUCGCGUCCUUCUACGAUCCGGACGUCAACAGCAGCCUCUACGACUUUCCGAUUUACUUCAUAAACAACAGGGCGUUCUCGAAAAUCAGGGCUCUGUUUGCCAACUGGGAAAAAGCGUCCGCCAUUCAGUUGCACUUCUACCGCAAAGACCCGCCGUUGAUCGACUGCGGAAUGCUGGUCAUCUUGUUCGUAGCCGUCUUCGGCGUGUCGACCGGUGGUCUGUGGUCCGGCUCCGUUCACAAGCGACUCCGAUUGGCCCGUAUCGAGGAAGCUAAAAAACGGCACGAAACUGGUCGAACUGAGGGCGAAAUCGAAAACGACGUCGAACCGGAGUCGGUGUCAUUUUCAUACUUGAUCUUGUUCAUUUUCUUGGUCUUUACGAUCGCUUUCCUGUUGCUGCUGUACUUCUUCUACGAAGUUUUCGGUAACCGUUGUUUUUCACUGUUUUCACGUUUCUGCUGCGCACUUUACCUCUAAGC